UAUUACAGUCAACAGCAAGAGCUGCCCUCCUUCCUUCGGCUCUUUGGUACAAAGAGGAAGAAGAAGAAGGCCAAUCCCCACCAACUCUUUAGCCUAAAAAGCUAGCCGGCCAGCCAGCCAGAGAAAAACCCCAAAACAAAAAGCACUUUUGUAUUUCAAAUGAUUCCCCCAACAAGCUAGAAAACACCAACAACGCCAUCGAUUUCUUCUUCUCUUCUUUCUCAUCGCCACUGAAGGACAAAGCCGCUUCUCUCUCUAUGGAAUCCUCUGCGGCGGAGGAAAGAAUCUCCAGCUCCACCGCUCUGACCACCACUCUCUCCAACUCAAUCCAAGCUUUGGGUCGCGGCUUUGACGUCACUUCCGAUAUCAGGCUUCUCUACUGCAAAGGGGCACCCGGAUCGAGGCUCGUGAUUCUGGAGGAGGAUCAGGGGAAAGAUCUUGUUUUUUCUGAUGGGGUUGUUGUGCCAAAUGUGCCUGUCGACGUCGAGUUCGCGCCGGGGAAGAGGACCAUUGACAAAAUUCAUGUCUGCAGCUUCCAUGAGAUGGCAGAAUACUUCAACAAGAAAUCGGGUAUUUCAGGGCGUGUUCCCCUUGGAAGCUUCAAUGCCAUGUUCAAUUUCACUGGUUCUUGGCAAGUUGAUGCAGCAGCAACCAAAUCCCUUGCCAUGAUUGGAUACUUCAUUCCCCUAUACAAAGUUAAACUAGAAAAGGAUAAUUUAGUUUUGCAUGAGGAAAUUAAGCGUGCUGUUCCGUACUCAUGGGAUCCUGCAGCCUUAGCAAGUUUUAUUGAGAGUUAUGGUACCCAUAUCGUCACAUCUGCAACUAUUGGCGGAAGAGAUGUAGUUUAUAUCAGGCAGCACCAGUCAUCUCCUUUGUCAGCAGGGGACAUUGAGGAUUAUGUGAAAGACAUUGGUGAUCAUAGGUUUGUGGACUCAAAAAGCCAGUCAAAUCCAGGCCCAUUAAAAUACAAGGAUAAGGAUGUUACAGUCAUAUUCAGGAGAAGAGGGGGUGAUGAUCUUGAGCAGAGUCAUCCCAAGUGGGCCGAAACUGUACAACUAGCACCAGAUGUGAUUAACAUGACAUUUACACCCAUUGUCUCUUUGCUUGAAGGAGUGCCUGGAAUAAAGCACUUGAGUCGCGCGAUUGAGUUAUAUUUAGAGUACAAGCCACCAAUUGAAGAUCUGCAGUAUUUCUUGGAUUUUCAAAUUGCUCAAGUUUGGGCCCCGGAGCAUAAUAAUCUUCAAAGAAAAGAACCUGUGUGUUCAUCGCUUCAGUUCAGCUUGAUGGGACCGAAGCUUUACAUCAGUCCGGAUCAGGUAACAGUAGGCCGUAAGCCUGUCACAGGGCUUAGACUAAAUCUAGAAGGCAUCAAACAGAACCGACUGGCUAUACAUUUGCAACAUCUAGUGUCCCUUCCAAAAAUUCUUCAACCCCAUUGGGAUGCGCACAUGGCAAUAGGUGCACCCAAGUGGCAAGGUCCGGAGGAGCAAGACAGCCGUUGGUUUGAGCCAAUCAAGUGGAAAAACUUCUCCCAUGUAAGCACCGCACCGAUAGAGCACGUGGAGGCUUCUAUUGGUGACCUCUCCGGUGUUCACAUUGUCACAGGGGCUCAGCUUGGUGUUUGGGAUUUUGGUGCCAAAAAUGUAUUGCACCUCAAACUUCUCUUCUCCAAAGUACCAGGCUGCACUAUCAGGCGGUCUGUUUGGGAUCACAGCCCAGCCACCCCGUCUUCUGCACAGAGGACGGAUGGUUCUUCUUCAUCGCAUUUGAACAACAGAAGCUCUGACGAUAAAAAGGAAAAACUAGCAAAACUAGUGGACUUGACGGAAAUGUCAAAGGGACCGCAAGAUAUACCAGGUCAUUGGUUAGUCACUGGGGCUAAGCUUGGAGUCGACAAGGGAAAGAUUGUAUUGCGCGUAAAAUAUUCCUUGCUGAACUACUGAUCUUCGGCCUUUCCCCCCCCCCCCCCAGUAAUUGUAGGCUUUUCCACUAAAAUUUGAUAGUCCAACAUUCUUUGCACAGGCAACCCUUGUUCUGUACAUUUUCUUCUUUUUGUGUCUUAGCUAUCUUCUAGUGACAUCCUUAUUUGUCUGAGGGGUUUUCUUCUAGAAUCGGUUGAGAAGACAACGUAUGUUUCUGAAUAAUUAUAUACUAUUUUUACGUAAUAUAUGAAGUACUUUUUUCAGUGACA